UAAUUUUGUAAUUGUAAUUUUAUCAUUUUUGCUCAACAAAUUUAAUAUUUCCAUAGUUCAAACUUUACGUAAUUUCUCUAUCUAUUUUAACCAUCUUCAGAAACAAGUAAUUCCUCUUCCUAUUCAAGAAAUUUGUUGACGGAACUUUAGAAAAAAUGCUAAUUUAUGAAACAAUUUCAAACUCACGGCAUAUUUGAUCUUAUGCUUUGUUGAUCAAAGUAGAAAAGGAUAACCUUAUAGUGUCUUGUAGAAAUAUGAGUGUCAUGGCUCACUAUUACUUUAUAUUAAAUAUUACCGUUGCCAUAUCCCCGCUUUGAAUUCUUGAUCGAGUUUGGUGGAAAUAACUGGCCAAGUAUAUAAUCAAGUGGUUAUUUCAUCUGCGGCAGGUCAAACAUUGCUGCUAACGUAGAUAGACAAUUUUUUUUUUUUUUUUUUGAGUAAUCAUGGGUUUAUAGUAUAUUUCCAUAUAGUAGCAAUGUAGCAUGUUGUAACAAAUGAAGAGCAUCCUGAAAUCAUCAAUUACAAGUCUAUUGCUUGUAUAUCAUCAAUUCAAUCGUCUGUCAUAUUUAAAUAACUUAUACAAUUGUAUGUCGUAUAUAUUGUUCUUUGAAUUACACUUUACUUUCUUACAAUGUUGUUAUGUAUAAAUUAACUGUACCGUCGUAUAGUGUAUUUACGAUGAUUGUGGUAUGUGACCUUUUUUUUUUUUUUUUUGGGAUCGUGACGAUUAUCUGAAUAUCAAAAGAAGCCUUAUUUUCAUGUUUAUUCACUUUAAUAAUUGAAUGUCAUGACAAUGCAGGUUUUGGAGCUAGGAAUUAUUGUGCACUCAGUAGUGAUAGGGCUAUCCAUGGGAGCAUCUGAUAAUCCAUGUACCAUUAGGCCGCUAGUAGCUGCUAGUUGCUUCCAUCAACUUUUUGAAGGAAUGGGUCUAGGAGGUUGCAUCCUUCAGGCGGAAUACGGUAUGAAGAUGAAAGCAAUCCUAGUGUUCUUUUUUUCGUUAACAACACCAUUUGGGAUAGCACUUGGAAUAGGUUUAUCGAAUGUGUAUAGUGAGAAUAGUCCAACAGCUCUCAUAGUAGUGGGAUUGCUAAAUGCAUGUUCAGCUGGUCUACUGAAUUACAUGGCACUGGUGGAUCUCCUUGCAUCUGAUUUUAUGGGAAGCACAUUGCAGAAUAAUAUGAAGCUUCAAUCAUGGGCUUAUCUUGCUGUUUUAUUAGGUGCUGGUGGAAUGUCUGUCAUGGCCAUAUGGGCGUAAAACGAUUCUUUUUUUUUUCUUGCAAAAAGGAAAGCAUUUAGUCCUCCUUUAUUUUAUUUUUUUUCCAAUUUCAUUCUAGUUUUGUUUCCAUCAUUGGUCUGUAAUUUAGUGAAAAUAAUGUACAGUAAUUAGUUUGAUCUCCUACUCUCCUAGUACUUUUCA